CGCUCAGUUGUCUUGUGCGCUUGUCUCUUGUAGGCUGAGUUUGAGAAAGCUGCCGAAGAGGUGAAGCAGCUAAAAUCGCAACCAACAGAUCAAGAAAUGCUGGACAUUUACAGUCACUACAAACAGGCCACAGUUGGAGACGUAAAUACACAGCGCCCUGGCAUGCUUGACUUCAAAGGCAAAGCCAAAUGGGAUGCCUGGGAUGCAUUGAAAGGAAUGUCUAAAGAAGAUGCAAUGAAAGCCUAUAUAGCGAAAGUAGAAGAAUUAAAGGGCAAGUACGGCAUGUAAGAACUGAAAUCACCUGCCACUCGCAUGUGUGAAAUCUGCCUUACUUCUAAUACUGUGAGUGAUACAAAAUGUUGGAACCUAAACUGCAGAACAUUAAGUUUCUGCAGUGGAAGAGUUCACAGUACUCCUGGAGUCCAGAUUAAACUAAUUGCUUGAAUUACUCCUAUGAAAUGAGUAGCUUUUACUCUAAAUCAUUAAAAUGCAUUUGAUAUAUUA